AGCAACUCCAUUACUCUCGUUAGUUCUCGUACCACACGAGAAUCCCGCGAGACGUCUCUUCGACCACAGAUCUCCGGGAGGGGACACGGCCAAAUAAACAAAAUGGGGAAGAUUAUGCGACCCAACAAGGUGGUGCUGAUCCUCAGCGGCAAGUACGCGGGGAGAAAAGCCGUCAUCGUCAAAAACAACGACGAGGGGACGCCUGACAAGCAGUACGGUCACGCGCUGGUAGCCGGCAUCGACCGGUAUCCCCGCAAGGUGACUCGCAAAAUGGGCAAGAAGAAGAUUACCAAGCACAACAAAAUCAAGCCUUUCCUCAAGGUGUACAACUACAACCACCUCAUGCCCACGCGCUACAUGGUCGAGAUCCAGUUUGACAAGUCUGUGGUGAACAAGGAGACCUGGAAGGACCCGGCCAAGCGGCGCAAGUCCAGGCGCGAGGUCAAGGCCAAGUUUGAGGAGAGGUACAAGACCAGGAAGAACCCCUGGUUUUUCCAGAAGCUGCGCUUCUAAGUGCCCAAUAAAAGUGUACAUUUUCCUGCA